AUUGUUUACUUGACUACCGCUACAAACAAGGCUGAAAAAUAGACUUUUCCUGGAAAUUUUUAUUGUGUACAUCAUAAUCUAAAAGUUUAUUUAAAAAAUAAUUGUAAAGGUAACAUUCGAACAGAACUAUGAUAUUUCUUUGAAUAUGCAAAUUGGAUAAGAAAGGAUUUUUUUCAGAACUUGAAGGUAUUUGCUACAGCUUUUAGCGUCAUCUAUCGUACAAGUGGUACAUCCGGGAUAUAGACAGGCAUUUUGGAUUCUUUAGUUCGUUAUUUCAGAUAAUUUUCAAUUCGUUCAUAUUCAUAUUCAAACAUUCAUUGGCACGAAUAUGAUUCAAUUGCUAUAAGGAAGCUUGAAGAUAGUGAACUGCUGCAUGACAAUAAUAUUUGAAGAAAUUUACUGUUCAUUUUUAAAAUUGAACAUUGGUUAAGAUAUCGAUGAACUAAAGAAUAACGAAUAUACAAGAAGAACUACGUUAUUCAAUCUAAGCGAGAUAAUUAGCAAAGUGAAAUAGGAUGAGAUCUGUCAAAUUAUUUAUUGAAACACUGACUGGUGGAAAAUUCGAACUUACUGUUCAACCAGAAGACACAAUUGAAAUGGUCAAAAAUAGAAUAACAAAGAUCGAAGGAAUAUCUGUUCCACAACAACAACUAGUCCAUGAUGAAAUGGAAUUACACGAUGAGAAACGAAUAUCAGAUUAUCCUGCACUUUUUCCCAGAGCAAAAUUGCGUUUAAUGGUGGCCAUGCGAGGCGGACCCAUAAAUACCAGACGAAUAACAGUGGACGAAAAUGCUGUUCUUGCUAGAGAUAUUGGAGAAUGUUUAGAUUCAAAUGAAGAUUUUCUUGAAAGAUUAGAACGACUAUCGGGAAAUCAGCUUCCUGUUACAUUGGUUGUCUUGCAUGAUGGGAAACAUUAUAAUCUUUUUCGAAUAGUCGAUAAACCGGAUUCACCUUAUAGUAGCGAUUCUCUAUCAGCAACAUCUGCUUUAGCAGAUGAUAAUGAUAUUGCUGAAUCUUUUAAGCUAGACGAUGAAAAUGAAACUACGAAGGAAAAAGUUCGUCAAUUGAAAAUACAAAUGGAAAAAUUAAAUUUAGGGAAAGCUAAUAAAAGUAUUCCGAUACAUGUACCAAGACCUCCGUCCACAUCUUCGAAUAAUAAUAGGACUAAUCUACGUACUUUCAAAAAUUCAAAUACAAUGUCUUCCGUAAAUCAUCAUCCGACAUAUAACAAUAGAAACGUUUGUCUGCCGCCUCUUCAUCAAGAAAUGUAUUUACCUGACUCUAAGCCAACUUCCGCAAUGUCUAUUCGGGAGGGAGCGGAGGGAGUACCUCCUCCUCGUUCAGUGCUAGAGGCCGUUCGAGAAGAAAACUCAAGUCAGAGUAGAAAAACAUCUGCCUCCAUUUUUCUCGAAAGUUUAAGUCAUCAAGAAGCUAGAGGCUUAUUAAGACAAGCAUCUAUAGAACGUUUCGGUUCUUCUUACGAAAGAUUUGGUGGUUCAAAUGUAACAUUUACUCCAAUGCCUCCUUCAACGCGACUUUCGGCACAGUCCAGGAGUACUUCUGAAAAGAGAUUGUUGUCCUCUCGGUUACGAACUUUCUCUGGAUCCCAAAAAGGUCGAAUCUUAUCACCUACUCACCGACUACCACCUGUCAAACAGAAGAAAAAGACGAAACGUUGUUUUGUCUGUACUAAGAAACUGGGUCUAGCAAAUAGUUUCCAAUGCAAAUGUAAUAAUUUCUUUUGUGCCACUCACCGAUACGCUGAAUCGCACAGUUGUCCUUUCGAUUAUAAGACAGAGGGAAGAAAGCUUAUCGAGAAGAAUAAUCCAGUUGUAACAGCACCCAAGUUGCCUAAAAUUUAA